AUGGACUGUUCCAUAUUCUGUAGGACGAAACUUUGUUUUAUUAAUGCUUUCUUCUUCUUGUUUAUCAUCUCCUCUUUCACAUGUCCUCAUGUAGUCUUCGGCACAGCAAGUGAAUUUGAUUAUGGUGUUCACUGUAACUCAGUUGUUCAUGAAUCCAAACCAGUUGAUGAGGAGUUCAAUAUCAUGCCUUUCCCUGGACGUCAAUAUGGUUACUUCAGUGGUGGUGAUAAAGUCCUAAACAAUCCUCCUUCACGUUCCUACUCUGCACCCAAAUCGAAAACGCUCCUUUUCGAGACUCACCACGUAUUUACAACCGAAGCUGAUGAUGUCUUUAUGGUGGAAGGAAACCUGAUUUUUCAAACCUCGUUUUACUAUGAACGGAGUAUCUCCUCUGGAAGCUCACACUUUAUUAUAAGGUCAAGCGAUUCAAGCGACCGUGGGACACUGGACUUCGAUUUUCGAGGCUUCUGGUCUCGAACAACCGGGAAGCUUUGCAUGGUGGGAUCGAGUUAUGCUUACUCCAAAGAAGGUAAACUGCUUCAUCUUGCUGCUGUUCUUAAGAUUAAUAAUCUUAGGAAGUCAAGUACUAUCAGAACUUUAGUGACUGGUACCCUGGAUAGCUUUAAUUCAAUUGGUGAUCCAAAUCACUUUGAGCAAAUUUCACUGCUGAUGUUUCCCCAACUAAAUUACGCUUACACCAUGGUUUCAAAACAAUUUAGUGAAGGGUGUCCUCGGGGAACCGAUGUCCAACCGAUGUCGUCCCUCCGCUUAUCGCAAACUCGAACUAUUUGUGAUAUGUUAGGUGGAAGCAAUGCUUUCGAAUUGGAGUAUACUGGCAGUUGUAAUUCUUCAAAGAGUUGCAAUCCAUUUGGUGAUGGUAUUGGAUAUUUACCUUCAGUAAUAUCGUUGAGUAUGAUUCAGUGCUCAAACGAUAGGCAAAGCUUGAGGUUUCUGAUAGAAUUCCGGAACGACAGCUAUCAGGGAUACUAUAGCUCUCCCAAUCUCAACACUUCAUUAAUUGGAGAAGGAUCUUGGGAUGCAAAGAGUAAUCGGCUUUGUAUCAUUGCUUGCCGAAUCUAUGAUGCAUCGAGCUCCUUGGAGAAGUCUCAUGUCGGAGACUGCACGACACGGUUGAGCUUAAGAUUCCCUGCAAUCUUGUCUAUCAGAAACACAAGCACCAUUGUAGGAGAAAUUUGGAGUGUGAAGCUUAGGAAUGACGGUGGUUUCUUUGAUAUGAUCGAGUUCCGAAAUACUGCACCUUAUGGAGGAAUUCAACUUCAAGGUUUGAAGUAUGUGUACACGGAAAUGGACGAAGUGAAGAAAUCAUGUCCAAAGAAGAAUUCUAGGACUAAAAGCAGUAGGGAACACUAUCCAGAUGGCUAUUCUGGAGACAUGAGUUUUAGUAUGUCCAUCAUCAAUGGUUCCAAAGGAAGCAUCGGAUGGGGUUAUUCGAAUAUUCUUGCGGUAGAUGAUCAGCAGUAUCAGAGAUUUCCAUCUCUAUUACCAUCCUCAAGCUCAAAGCCUAAAAGUUCUGGCGUUGAAUCCGAUUCCAGCAGUGGCUUGCUUAAUGUCAGCUAUAAAAUUAGCAUCCCGCCACUUAGUUUGGAAUUGGAUGGUGGCCUCAAACCGGUUAACCAAUCUUCAUAUGAAUAUCUGCAAACCGAAAUCCAAAUUUCUGCUGAAGGGGUUUAUGAUACAACAACAGGUAGCCUAUGCAUGGUUGGCUGCAGGCGUUCAAGGUUAGACAGCAAAUCAUUUUCAAGCCUUUCAAUAGAUUGCGAUAUCCUUGUGCAAGUCAACUUUCUUCCAUUGAACUCGCGCAAGAUAAAUAACAUCAAGGGAAGCAUCGAGAGCACGCGUGAAAAUACCGAUAGUCUGUACUUCAAGCCCCUGCAGAUUUUGGGAACAACUAAUUCUCGCAGUUGGGGAGCGGAAUCGAUUUGGAGAAUGGAUUUCGAGAUGAUCGUGUCGGUCGUAUCCAACACUCUUGCAAUUAUCUUUGUUGCAUUUCAAAUCUUUCAUGUGAGGAAGCACCGUGGCAUUGGUCCUAUGGUUUCACUUCUCAUGCUUGUUAUUCUAGCCCUGGGACACUUCAUCCCUUUGGUUCUAAACCUCGAAGCAACGUUCAUUCAGGAUAGCGAGAGAUCGAUCUUGAUUAGAGGUGGAACGUGGCUCGAAAUGAACGAGGUGAUCAUUAGAGUCGUCACAAUGGUGGCUUUUCUGCUGCAAGUCCGUCUUCUGAUGCUCUCAUGGACUGCUAGAUGCUCCACUGAAAAGAAAAAGACCUUGUGGAUUGCAGAGAAAAGGGGGCUGUAUGUGUGUGUUCCAGUGUACGUAAUCGGAGCUAUUAUCGCCUUUUCGGUUAAGUCAAGGCAGAAUGUACACAGAACAGUAAGGGCAACGCAUUCUUGGUACUACAUAGAUGAAAUCAUUUUGGGGAAUUCAAGAGCUUAUGCUGGUUUGAUACUGGAUGCCUUUCUUUUCCCUCAAAUCAUCUUCAACAUGUUCCACAACUCGAGAGAACUGGCUCUUUCUCGACUCUUUUACAUCGGAAUCACCCUUGUUCGCCUCGUACCCCAUGGAUAUGAUCUGUACAGGGCAAACAGCUAUGUUGAUAUAGAUGACACAUACAUUUAUGCAGAUCAUGGUGCAGAUUACUACUCAACUGCUUGGGACUUCAUUAUUAUUGUGUUGGGUAUAUUCUUUGCUGUGAUCAUACACUACCAACAGCGCCUCGGCGGUCGAUAUUUCCUUUCGAAGAGAUUCCUAGAAUCUGUGAUAGAUGAGGAACCUCCAGUGGAUUCAGAAGAACAAUUGCCAUUGAAAUAUAGCACCUAG